AUGUUCUUGCUCCUCGCGCUCCUGCCCGGGCUACCGGCGCUACCAACCGACUCCUGGUUUGAGUACGGCGAUCCUAUCAAGCCUGGUCUGCUCGUCCUGUGCACCGUGCACGCGCGGGAGUGGAUCUCGGCAAUGGCGUGCCCUUGGGUGGCACGACAGCUCGCAGUAGGUGAUGCUGCCAUUCUGCAGACGUACGCCGUGUACAUCAUGCCAGUCGUGAACCCGGACGGCUACGCCUUCUCUCACGAAAAGAACCGAUACUUUCGCACCAACCGGCGGCCGGGCAGCUACUACGGUGUCGACUUGAACCGCAACUUCCCUCGCCACUGGAACAGCUGCAGCCAGUGGCAACGCUGCUCGUCCGGCAGCGUGGGCGCAUCCUCGCAGACCUACCCGGGUACCUCCGGCUUGGUACUCUUUCUCGACAUUCACUCCUUCUUCGCUGUCGUGAGUGUCAGCUUUGCUCAGCAAGGCCACCCAAGAGCGGAGACUUCCAACACGGAGACUUCCAACACAGAGAUGGGACGCGAGGCCCGUGCGCCACCGCCGGGCUAG